GAAAUAUCUGACAUUUAAAGAUAAGAGGACUGCAGGAUGUGUGUUGGAAAUUUACAGUCCAUUUCCUGAAUCUCUUAAGUACACCCCCUCUUCACUGAAGUUGUGGUUGUCACAUGUACAUGCCUUAAUGUGUAGGAUGCUGAUUUAGGAGGGGCAAUUUAGGAGUGUGUUAAUUCUGUGUACAUGAUGAACUUACAUGCAUUCAGGUUGCGAAGGUUCAUGUACUGUACAAUUUACUAUUGGCCUUGAAAGAGUUGACUGCUGAUGUAGUAGUCUUAAAUAGAUAGCUGAUGUGAUCUGUGGCCAGAGGGUGCAUCUUCAAAGUGUGUAUGACUCUUCUGUGGCUGCAUCUGCUAACUGUGUAGGACUUUUCUGUGGCGACAUCUGCAAACUGUGUAGGACUUUCCUGUAGCUACGUAUGCAAACUGUGUAGGACUUCUCUGUGGCUACAUCUACAAACUGCGUAGGAUUCUUUUGUGGCUACAUUUGCAAACUGUGUAGGGCUUUUCUGUGGCUACAUAUGCAAACUGUGUAGGACUUUUCUGUGGCUACAUCUGCAAGUUGUGUAGGACUUUUCUGUGGCUACAUUUACAGACUUGUAGGACUUUUCUGUGGCUACAUCUACAAACUGUUUUGGGCAUUUCUGUGGCUACAUCUACAGACUGUGUAGGGAUUUUCUGUAGCCGCAUCUGCUAACUGUGUAGGACUUUUCUGGGUGUAUAGGUGUAUAAUUUACAAACCAUAUAGGCUGGAUAAACAAAUUGUGAAUGACUUUUCCAUUCGUACCCUGGUUUGAGAUGCAUUGAUUGACAGUCAGACAUUGUUACCAACUACAUGUAGAUAGAUGUACUUGCUGACUUGUCUUCACAGCAUUUCUCCUGCAUUGAAAGGCACUCUCUAUACUGCAAAGCCAAACGGAUGUACCUGUGCUUAAUAACCAGGGUAUACCAGAUACCCUGUAGGAUGCUCAUUGUGCAUUGAAGUACUUUAAUAAUUGUUUAGUUUGUACUUGUAUCAUUUUGUCUGCAAAUUUUGAGAACUUCCAUCUUACUCUGACAUACAGAUGUACUGCAGUAUUGUUUGUGUAUACAGCUAGGACCUGAAGCCACACUUUUUGUUGGUCACUGGCUGAUUGUGACAUUUGUGUCCAAGUGUCGCAUUUUGUAUGAGUUGUCAGAAGUUGUCAUCUUGUUCUGAAAUACAGAUGUACUACAGAAUUGCACAUGUAUACAGCUAGGACCUGAAGCCACAUUUCUUUUUGGUCAACAGCUGAUGGUGACAUUUGUGUCAAAGUGUCAGUGUGGUACAUGUAUGUCUAGGGGCGUGUAAACAUUGGGAUGCUGCUGUGACUGACUAGACCACAGGUUUGCUGCUGUGACUGACUAGACCACAGGUUUGCGUGAAUAUCAGACCUAUUCUGUGCUUACAUGCAAUCACAUUUUUGCCAUCUGGUAUGAAGGAAGAGGACAGUUCCUAUAGUUGAGUUCCGUGGUGUAGAGCUAACUUUAGUUGAUGUAUUGAGGAGUGGCAUUAGAAUACUCAACACGCCUUUUCUCAGUGUUUUGAUUUAAAUCUUUGUGAGAAAUUGUUUGUGUUUAUGAUUUGUCCAUCAUGAUGGAGCAAGGCUUAAAGGCCUCUUAUGGCACCACAAUGUCUUUGGGCGGGGCAGCGUGCACUCGCUGCGGAGAGGGUUUCGGCAUCCACGAGCAGAUCGUCAACUCUAACGGAGAAGUCUGGCACACCCAGUGCUUUGUGUGUGCCCAGUGUUUUCAGUCAUUUCCUGAAGGAGUUUUCUAUGAGUUUGAAGGCAGAAAGUACUGUGAGCAUGACUUUCAUGUUCUGUUUGCACCCUGCUGUGGCAAGUGUGGAGAGUUCGUGAUUGGCCGAGUCAUCAAAGCCAUGAACAACAGCUGGCACCCGGACUGUUUCCGCUGUGAACUGUGCGUGGGACCUCUGGCUGAUGCUGGCUUUGUCAAAAAUGCUGGCAGAGCUCUUUGUCGAGAAUGCAAUGCCAAGGAGAAAGCAAAGGGCACCGGAAAAUAUGUCUGCCACAAGUGUCAUUCUAUCAUUGAGGAAGGUCACAUCAAGUUCAAGGGGGAAGCGUAUCACCCUUACCACUUUAACUGUACCUCAUGUGGGAGUGAGCUGAAUGCAGAUGCAAGGGAGAAAGGGGGAGAACUCUACUGCCUACGUUGUCAUGACAAGAUGGGAAUACCUAUUUGUGGAGCAUGUCGUCGGCCUAUUGAGGAGCGUGUUGUUCAUGCUUUAGGAAAGACCUGGCAUGUAGAGCAUUUUGUCUGUGCUAAAUGUGAGAAACCGUUUCUGGGAACCCGGCAUUAUGAGAAGAAAGGUCUGGCCUACUGUGAGAUUCAUUACCAUCAGCUGUUCGGUAACAUAUGCUUUGUGUGUAACACUGUCAUUGGUGGAGAUGUAUUUAGUGCCUUCAACAAAGCCUGGUGUACACACCACUUCUCCUGUUAUAUCUGUGACAGAAAAAUGGGACAAAAGACAAAAUUUUUCGAAUUUGAUCUGAAACCAGUGUGUAAAUUAUGCUACGAGCGUUUCCCUGGUGAGCUGAAAAAGAGGCUGAAGAAGGCUUAUGAAGAACAGAACAAGAAAUAGGCUAACCCACUUUAGCCCCGAAUGCCAGGCUGUUUAAUGAUACAUCAGUCGUGGCUGUCUAGGACCUAGUCUUAAAAGGCUUAUGAAAAACAGAACAAGAAAUAGGCUAACCCACUUUAGCCCUGAAUACAAGGCUGUUUAAUGAUACAUCAGUCAUGGCUGUCUAGGACCUAGUCUUAACAUGGUUAACAUACAACUGUCCACAUAUUUAUUGUUGUUGUCAUUAACAUUUGUGUAGCCACAAAUGUAUUGUCCGUGCCCACUGGUGUUCAGUCCUGAGGGUAUAUUUCGCUAAACUAAAUGUCUUCCCUCUGUUGUUGUUGUUUUUUUAUUUUGGACCAUUUUGAUAUUCGUUUCUUAGGUGAAUGUGUACCUCAGCAACUGUUAUUGUCUCAUGGUUCACUCCAAUUUUUGUUCUCUUUAUAUGGACUGAAACUCAUGCCAUUCCUUUCGCAGAGGUCCAGUUUCAAAAAUGGUUAACAGCAGUCCCUCUUUUAAGCAGAACAUCCCUUCAUACCCAUUAGCGGCUCUAAUGAUAAUUUGUUUUCAGUCUGUAAGGAAUAGUGCUUAAAAAGCCUUACUAUUGUUAUAAUUGUGAUUGAUUCUCAUCAUUUAUAGGAUUUUCAAAAUUAUGCAGAAUUCUGUGUGGAGCUUUGUUGCCUUAAAAGCAAUUGUAACUACACAUGGAGGCCUAAAGGUUAAAUUCCUUUGAAAUAAAGAAAAGGAAUUUGUCAACCAUUUCCGCCAUAGGACAUUUUGUAAUGCAGACAAGACCUUCAGCCUUUAUGCCAAUAGCCUUAAGGCUUCAGCCAAUAUGCAUUGAUAUUUAUGGCCUCAAGCCUUUACGCCAUUAUGCCUUAAUGUACAUGUACAUGUAUAACAUGUUAGUAGAUGGCUUACUUGGGGCCUAUCUCUCCAAAACCAAAGAGGAAAGGCCAUUUUUAUGGUUUGAUCAUGCUGCCAAACUUAAUAUUAUUUUUUUUUUUUCAAUUACUGAAUGUUCAUGUAAAUGGUACAUGUAGUUCAAGUGAGAAGGUUAUGUU